AUGACAUCUAUAUCGAAGAGUUUCUUGCAGGGAACUCGAAUGGCUCUAGCCGGAUUCUACCUGCUCUCUGUACUGGUUACCAUUCCGAUAUCUUUCAAAGUUGGAGGUUUAUAUUGUGGGUUGUCCUUCACGGUCACACUGUUUAAUCUGUACCUGAUAACGACCACACUAUCGAUGAUUGCCAGAAGCUAUGGGGGCCGGUUUUACAUUAUUUGCACGACGUUCAUAUAUUACCUGCAGCAUUUCAUCAUUGCAUCGUUACUGUAUCUGUUUUUAUCCGGGUUUUCGAACGAAGAACUGACUAAAGUGUUAGAAGACGGGUCUCAGCCCGAGCAGUCGCUUGUGGAUGUGCUAAGAAACAGUGUGUUUUCUACUCAUUCGAGCUGGAUGCUCUACUACUACUACUAUCGGUAUAUCGUCCAGCCAUGGCAGUUCGUGCUGACACAUUCUACCGCUUUCUUUGCGCUCUCCGAGGGCUUCUUCACAGUGUUGGGGAUUCAGGCGAUCGGGGAAACCAAUAGAUGGCUAUUGUAUGAGAUAAAUUCGAAUACCUGGAUUAUCACUUCGUUGUUGACAUCUGGCGGGAUUAUCACUGCUUCUCUUUAUUACUUAUAUCGAAUUUACGUGACCCCGAUUUGGAAUUUGUCGGUGCAAACAGCUUCCUUGCUUGGGUUUACUUUGUCACUGGUAUGCGGCUUAGGGCUGUAUGGGAUUGUAAGCAAGAGCGGUUCUGUGAUUGAAAGUUCCUUGUUUUUUGCUUACAUUGUUCGUUGUAUUUAUGAAAUUUCACCCAAGUUGGCCACGACCGCCACUGAUGAGAUUCUGGAGAUGAUUAAAAUUACCUGGCAAAAACAUCAGAAAAAUCUAUCCACCACAAAUAACCUUCUGUCGUAUUAUCAUGAUGUGGUUUUGAAGAAUGCCGAGAUGGUUUGGGAGUCGAUUGUUUCGAAAACCAAGAACACUGAGGCUUCUGCUUUUAAUGGUGCCCAGCAUUUGGGUAAACUGUGGUAUCUUUUUAAGCCCAUCUGGAAGCUUUUCAGAGAUUUUGCCAUGUCCGUACCGUCUUCGAUCGGCGGCAUCUUCCAAAUCACACUUAAACUGGGCUCCGAAUCAGUUUCACCAGCUAUAGUUAUCAAUCUAUGCUUCAGAGUGCUGGUCUUCUACUCAGCAACAAGGAUUAUCCCCGCGUUACAAAGAAAAGACCACAGAGAACUGCGCAAGAGUCGCCGAAUAAUGAGCAUAUUGUACUGGUACAGUCCCUGCAUAUUGAUCGCCAUGUACACUCAUCUCAUACUGCAGUAUUCUGGCGCCUUGAACAGCAAUAUGUGUCUGUGGGGUUGCAAUGAACGAUGGUUUGGAGAUCAGCCCAAGAUAGAGAUAGACACAUGGGUCUUCUGGAAUUGGUGCAACAUCUUCUGGACCAUAAUUAUCUACGGAAGUGAACUAAUCAGCGGCAAGAGAUGA